AUUUGAAAGAAAAAUCUCCUUUAGCAACAAAUAAUUUCUCAUAAAACUAAAAUACUGUAUUGCAAAUCAAAACACUAUCAAACUAUUUUUAUGUCAAAUUAAUCCUUAUUUUGUUGAAUAGUUUUUAAAUGAUCAUGAAACCGAUUUUGACAGAAUUUCUGGUAAACGUGAGUAAAAUGGAUGUUGACCUUUAACCCACGAGUUUCAUGUUUUUAUGCCUUUAUUUGCGAUGGAUAAUCUGAUCCAAAACAUCCAAAGCUCUGAGAUUUUCAGGCUGAAACCUGAACGCCCGUUCUGGUUUAUCAAAAUACAUAUUUCCUGUAACUUUAACAUUCUUUUAUUAACACAGAGGAUUUAUGUGCAGGAAAAUGGAAAAAAGCUGCAUUUCUCCAGUUAGUAGAAGAGAUGCAUUAAAAAUGUAAAAAGGGAGAAACAAGUUUCUGCUUGUAGUUUCUCUUUUUAAUCUGAUUAUGAGAAUAAAAACCUUAAAUAGGUAUGUUCCUUCCAGGCUGGAAGGUGAAUAAUAAAUCAAUCCCCACAGCAUGACACUGCCUCCACCAUGAAGACAUUUUAUUAUUAUUAUUUAUCUUCUACUAUACAGAAUUAUUUUAGUAUUUCCUCUCGUUCCUGACGGUCGUAGACGAAGCGAGCAGCCGCUGAAACAUCUGCACAAACGUUACCGACUGGUGCUCUGAGUUUUCUGUUGCUUCGUUUCUUGAAUCAUGUUUGGGUCGGCGGGGAGCGGCCGGCCCGGUGCGCCGUGACCCUGGGGGUCGCCGAUCGUUUUAAGUGGAGUCAGAAAGUCAGAGUCUCCGUGUUUCCUCUCUGCAGCGAGUCCCAGAGGAACGCUUAGCGUUUGGUUACCCAUGCAGCUUUCACACCAUUUUACUGGGUUUUAUUGCGACCGAUGGGGUCAGGGGUCAGGGGUUCAUUCAUGUUAGGGUUUGGUUUCUAUCCAUAAAAAGCUGGAAUACUUGCUGAAGUUUGUUCCAGUCUUUUGCUGCAGCAUGAUGGUAAGAAUGAUGUAGGGAUGUGCCAUACAGCAUGAAAUUUAUAUCUCAAUAUAAUUUGUGUAAAAUUUAUCAAUACAUUUUAAAAAAUCACAUGCUAAUUGAGUGUAAUGUAUUUAUUUGUGAGUUAAAACUCGUUUAACACGCCAUCGUUUCUGUGGAUCUUAUUUAUGUUUGUAAAUGUUCAGUUUUACGUUGCUGCCUGUCACGGCCUUAAAAAAUCUCUUUUUAAGGGAGACGUGGCGAUAAUCUCAGCGGCGACUUCCUGGUUAAAUCAAAGUUAAAUAAAUAAAUGAAAAGUGUAUCUCUCUAGAGAAACAUGCGUUGAGUCCUACCUUCUCUUCCAAGUGUUGUGACUGUUCGGCUGCGUUGCUGCGAUCAAAGCUCAUGCUGGUGAUGGGAAAACAAAUCAUUUCCUGUCUUUCACUCAGUUUGCAGGUCAUAAUUUUCUGCUCCUGUUCUGAUUGUUCAAGCCUCCUGUGGUUUUAAGAGACGAGUUAUUUAAACCCCACUAGUUAUUUACUCUGUGAGAUGUCCUGCAGAGUCACGCUGUGCGUUUUACAAGGUGUUUUAUGAUUUCGGAGAGACCGUCAGGCUGUCACUCCGCCACACGGCGGGUCUGACUGUGACAUCUGCCGCGCUCAUCCUGAGCGCUGCUGAGAUCGCGGGAGGUUAAACCUCAACCAGAGAACGAUGCAGGCCUUCCUGCCGCUGGGCUGCUGCGUCCUGGCGCUAACGCAGUGCUGCCUUGGCUCCGCCCACAUGAUCCCUGAUGACAGGCUGUCCACCAAUAGGGUCGUUGCGUCCAACGCUCUGUCUCACAGCCUGCAGAUCGACCCGCCUCCUGUUGUUAUUGUGGAGCUGAACAAAUCCACCAAGAAGAAAGAAAAAGGAAAGAAGCAGAAAAAGAAUAAGUUUGCUCGGAAGCGCCCGCCUCCUCCGCCGAACUGCAUCCCGCUGUGGGGAAGCUGCAAAGCUCCCGGCAACGUUUGCUGCGACUUCUGCGCGUUCUGCCAGUGCCGGCUCUUUAAGACUGUGUGUUUGUGCCGGAUGGGGAACCCGCGCUGCUGAGCCGCCGCUUCAGGAAACCUCCUGCAGCGACUCGGUUUGUAACUUUGCCUGAAACUCGCAGCAUGAAAGCACUUUAUCACGAAGACUGCGCCGACGGAGCAGCGCUGAGCGAACACAGAGAGGCUUUUCGCACUGAUUUCUGUUUUAACUGUACUUUAGCUGAGCUUUAGCAUGCUAACAUGAAAGGAUUCAGCCCAGGCAGUUUCCUGUCAAACUCCACAUGAUGCUACAAGUAUCAACGUGUUUAUGGCACAUGCAACAAUAAAAAACCUUUGUGGCCAAUCGA